AUGGCUACAGUUCCGCAUUGUCUCUAUUGCUUCGAGACGCUUGCUGCGUACCUUGAGGGUCGCAAGUCUAUGGGCCUUAACGAGAUUGUAAACGCGUGGGUCGAGUACAGCAAGGAUACGGAAGCCGGCGUCGAAGAUGCAAACAAACACGAAAGCCUCGAGAAGCGCAUCCCCGCUCUUAAACGAGUAGUCGGUUCCGAGUCCUCCGAAACAAGCAGCUCAUCCUCACCUUCUUCAGGCUCGACUAUGUCUCUUGCUACCGAUACAACUACAACCUCUGCUGAUGAAACCAUUAUUACCGAAUCCCCGCUAUUCGUCACCUGGAACACCGUGUCCUCUCGCACGGGCAAUACUUCCUUACGAGGCUGCAUCGGGACGUUUGAAGCGCAGGAGCUUGAUGAGGGGCUAUCAUCCUACGCCAUAACCUCGGCCAUCAACGAUAUGCGCUUCGAUCCUAUCAGCAAGCGGGAAUUACCCUCUCUCGAGGUCGCCGUUACGCUACUAACCGAUUUUGAGGAUUGCGAGGACUCGAUGGACUGGGAGAUCGGUACGCACGGACUGCGCAUAAGCUUUUCGGAACGAGGCCGCCGUUACGGCGCAACUUACCUGCCGGAUGUUGCUGCCGAGCAAGGAUGGACUAAAGAGGAAACUCUAGUCAGCCUGAUGCGUAAGGCUGGUUGGGCGGGCCGCAAGGAAAAGUGGCAAACCGUUGACCUCAAGGUCGUGCGCUACCAAGGCAAGAAGAAGUCUCUCCUAUACUCCGAGUACAAGCGCUGGCGCGAUUGGGUUAGUCAGAAGAGCGAGGAUGACGACGACGACGAUGACGACGACGAGGCAUAG